AUGGCAACCCCCUACAGUCAGCAAGCACCGCUGAAAGUGAAGUGUGUGGGUAGCCGCAGGAGCCAAAAGGCUUUAAAUUUUGUCACAAAAGACAAUAUAAUUGAUGUUGGCGCAUACAAGGUGACCACACUGUCAGCCCUCACUGAUGGACAGACAUGGUACACCUCAAUAAAAAAUGGAAGUGACCCAGAGUUUGAAGAGGGUGGGUCAUAUAUCAUUAAAAAUUAUACCCUCACAAAACAAUAUGGCCGGCAGUGUAUUUUUUUAAACCGGGCAAGCAGGAAAUUUAAAACCUCCCCAUUGGCCAUAACCGAGGACGCAGAGAGAGCUGCUAAAGAGGUCCUCUGUCCUCCUUCCCCAUUUGUAACCGGGGAAGAACAGGAGAUCUUCACAAGACCUGGGUACCUGAGUCUGCGGGGCAAUAUUGAGAAAUUGCAAGUGGCCAGGAUGACUCGGGCCCAGUAUCCCCUCCUGGACCUUUCUUUGAGGUCUGGAACAAAACUCCUGGAGGUAACUUUGUGGAGAGAAGAGGCGUUGAUGGACCUGUACGUCGGGGAUAAGGUGGAGGUCAGCCACCUAAGGGCAAAAAUUCAGCCCAAUGGAGGAGGCAAAUUUGACUCCUCUAACUAUACGACUGUCAAGAUCGUUGAGCGCCAGAUCCUCGAAGCGGUGCUGACAAUUAUCGGAGUGUCUGAGGAUGAUAACAAUAUGCUCAUCCUGUUGGACAGUGAACUUGAAGACUAUGCUGUACCAAGCCAUUUUUACCAUGGCAGUAUAAAUGACUUGGUACAGCAGCUGCCAAUUACACUGAAAGUCCAGCAUAUUCACAAUCGUGUGCUGAAACUUGAGGCCGUGGAUACAACUGAGGCUGCAGAAUCCCUGGAAACAACAGAGGCCGCAGAAUCCCUGGAUACAGCUGAGGAUGCAGAAUCCCUGGAACUUAUCGAGGCCGCAGAAGCCCUAGAAGUUGAAAACACUGAGGCUUAAAAUGUGUUUUUAUCAUGAUCAUCAACUUUUAUUUUGAUUAGGUUUUGUUUUCGUUCUGAUUGUUCUCUAUUUCUAAAUGUUCUCAGUAUUUUACAUAUUAUUAAAGACUAUUUGUUUGAA